UGCCUUGCUAAGAUGAGUGAAGCCAUUCCUAAAGCUGAAGCCACUCUUACACCAGUAGCACCAUCCUUAAUAAAAAGUCAAGUUCCUCCUAAUCUUUUAAAUGCCCCUCCAUUAAGACCAGUACUCCCUCCUAAACCUGUUGUUCCUCCACCUAAGCCUGCGCAAGAUAACAAGGAAAUAGAAUGCAUCGAUUUGACUGAUGACAGUGAUCUUCCUAGUGCAAGUAAUUCUACUGCUGCUGCUGCUACUGCUACUGCUACUGCUGCUACUGCACCAAAGUUUAAAAGUCCUGUUCCUGUCCCUAGUUCUAGCACUACUCCACCAGUGCUUUCAGGACUGAGACAUCCUGCACCUUUACCAGUCUGGCCAGUGGAAACUUACAACAAAACGUCCGAGCCUCCACCCAAACCUCGGCUGAAGAUAUCUGCAGAAAAGCAGGGUAUAAUUUUACAGUGGGAUAUGCCUUUGAAUAUCAAUCAGGUCAAAAUCAGCAGUUACGAGAUAUUUGGUUACCAGGAAUUAAAACAGACGCCCAUAACUAGUUCAUUAUGGGUAAAAAUUGGUCUUGUUCAAGCUAUGAGCCUACCCAUGGCAUGUACUCUAACUCAGUUCCAAGAGGGACAUACUUAUCAUUUCACCAUCAGAGCCAUUGAUGUGAAUAACCGUUGUGGUGCCUACAGUGACCCAGCCACUAUUAUAUUCGCUCCACACCCAGCACAUAAGAAUGUCAAAGUAUAAUUGAUAUUUGCUGUGAUAGUUAUUUAUGGAAUUUGUAUUUCCCAAUAUGGCAUCAAGACUUGUUUAUAUAAUGAAUAAUGUUUUUUAUUUCAUUUCAGUAAAUGAAAAAAUAUUUAUGAGUUAACCGUAUUUGCUCGCAUACUCCCUUUCCCCCUUUUUCACUAAUUUUACUGUGCAAAAAUGGAGAGAGGAAAAUUAAUAAUGUUUACAUCACAGUAUUCUAAUAAGAUAUUUUCAUUUCUUUUUCCCUGUAUCCUAAAUCUUGCCCACUCACUGUUGUCCACUGCUACUCCCUUAGGCCUUAAAUCAUUCAAUGCUGUUGGAACUUCUAUUUGUGUCAAUCUGCUACAAUUUGCAGUUUGUCACUGUUUUCAUCACCAUUCAGUCUGUCUUCCCAUGUGCAAAGAUCACCAUCAAAAGCAUUAGAUAUUCUAGUUAUUAAAAAAGGUUGUUCGCUAUUAUUGCAUCACCAUUCGGAACCUGUGCUAAACCCAUUAGCAAAUCAAGUGGUAAAAUGGAAAUGUCGCAUAGAAAACAGUGCAAGACAAAAAUAUCAUGCAAAAAAUCAUGGAUGAAAAGAAUGCAAGGAGGCAGGGCUUAAGUUCUAAAAUUAGAAGUGCCAGAACCUUAUGGAAGACUCUCAAGAAAGAAGAGCAAUGAAUAAAUAAAAUGACUAGUAAAAUAGUUAAUAAUUAAACAGUUAAAUAAUUAAUUAUUAAAAUUAAAUAAUUAGUUAUUAGAAUAAUUAAACAAUUAAUAUUAAAAUUUAUUAAAUAUUAGAAUAAAGUACUGGACCUUGACUUAUUUGGAGUUUCGGCUGCAAUUACAAUUCCACGCAAAAAAAUAAAAAAUAGCUCAACCGGUCUCCGGAUUAAUUUAAGCUCUGAAUAUAAUAUUUAAUCUCUUCGUAGAGAGUGCUGUAAACCAUUUUAAUGGAACCUGCUGGUAUUAAAAAAAAAUAGUCCAAUCUUUUCUGCCCAUGAUCUCAUCCAAUAAUUCUAGUGUCAAGCAGAAUGUGACAGGGGAAUAAAUUUUCACUGAAUCCAAAGAUUAACUGGAAAAAAAAAAAGUGACAAUUUUCAUCCUCCUGUCCUUGGUUAUAUCGUUCCUAAAAGUCUGCAGGUUCUUUGCCGUGGGAAGACACUAGCGUAGUAACAUAAAAUUUAUCUUCUCUAAUAAAUUCUUUGUACUUUCUGGAGAAUAAACCUUUGAUGUGUGUGUGGGGUGGGGGGGGGGUUCCUUAAAAGUCUCGAUCUCCAUGCAAGGGUUUGUUUCCCAAGGAAAGAAAAGCAUGCAUAAGUCAUUGUAUGAAGAUAACAUUGCAAACAUAUGUUCAGAGUGUAAAGCUUUAAAUGCAAGUUCACACUACCAGUCUAAUUUUAUAAAAGAGAUUAAGUAAGUAAUAAUUAUUAAUAGUUAACUACAUAAGUCUAAAAUUCUGUUAACUAUUAAACAUAGCAUUAAUUUUUUACUCAUUUUCAGUUUUUGAAUGCUCAACUUCCCUUGAUUUUUCAAUAAAAAUCUAUUACUUAAAUUCAAAAUUAUGAAAUACAGAGGUAAAAAAUUAUCCUCAUUCUUUCUUGUCACAGAUCAUUAUGCUAACAUGCAUUUAAAAUUUUUAAAGUCUGAAAACGUAUAUCUAUGAUGUUAUCGUUCAUGCAAUGAUUUGUAAAUGCUCUAUCCCUUAUCACGAUAUUUUUAAAAUACAAAGUUUUUUAACUCACCUUUUUCCAUGCUAAUGUUUUAAAACUAUAUUGUUUUCUCUCCUUCCAUGAUGUUUUGUAUGACAAUGUUUUUCUCUUGUCUUGUUUUCUCUGCGACAUUUUCAACUGCAACCUACGAAAAGAAUCAUUAUGUGAAUGAAUCCAUUUUAAAAAGUAGAGGAGCUGGUUUUCUGAAUGUCUUCAGGAAUGGAAAAAAUUACUUGAAAAUUUUUCAAAAAUUUGUGCUAAGGUUAAGGGGGGAAAUAUACGAGUAAAUACGAUAAUUGAUUUUAUAAUUAGAACAAGUAUUGUUAGCUAGCUAUCACGAGAUGGCGAAUAAAGCAUUUCUUUGUAUAUUUGUAUAUUAAACUUUUUGUAUAAUAGUGUUGUCGUAAUAAACAAUUCAUAUCUAA